AUGCCAAGUUUUCUAUCAGCGAAUGCAAAAUGUUGGUGGGCGGGAGCCCUAGCGGCUGCGACGGCGGAGCUGAGGUAUGCUGGCUACGUGUCUCCGGGAGUGCUACUGGUGGCCGGAGCCCCCAGGGCACUGGAGACAGUCCGAGGGGCUUACGCCCGAUCCGUACUGAAACCGCCGCCCACUUACCUCAUAUGUGGACUCGAUGUACAAUUGCGUCAACCAAGUUGUAA